UCCAUCUGAAUUCUAUUUUCAACCUUUUUUACAUUGAUAGCCACCAAAUGGUGGGAAGAAGAAAGCCGCUAGUACUCACUUCCACCCAAACUCUCAUCAAAUCCCUCCUCACUUCCCCCGACCUUCCCCCACUCUCCGAUGAUCAUGACGUGUCUACUUCUACCAGCUUCCAGUUGCUUCCGCCGGGAAUCCUCCGCCUCUCCGUCAGCCGCAGCCCCAAAUUGGCCUCUCUGGACCACUCCGCUCUCGUCGGCCUCUCCACUUCUCUCCUCAAACGCCUCCGCAUCACCUCCGGCUCCCUGGUGCUUGUGAAGAAUAUGGAGACUAAUAUAGAAAGAAUUGCUCACGCCAUUGUUGUGGACCCGCCGGACCGCUCCGAAAACACUGAGCUAUCUGCUCCUCAGUCUUCCCACGCAAUGCUUCCUCUACCUUGUUGCAAUUUCCCUGAAAAUGGCCACUCGUUAGACCGAGAAGUUGCGUAUAUAUCGCCAAUGUUGGCGUUUAACAUUGACUUGCAUACAUUUUGCUUGAAGUCGCUUGUUCAUAGAGGGGAAGCGGCGCUGGCGUCUUAUUUUGGGGAUGGAGUGGAGGGGGGUGAUGGAGUGAGAGGGGGAGGUGUUGGGGGAUCUGUGAUUGGUGUACGGCCGCAUUUGGAGCUGCCGAGAUAUGCUUCGCACUUGAGGGCCUCGUUUGUGAAGAUACCGGAGUGUGGUAGUCUUGAUACGCUUAGAGGGAAUUCGGCUGUUGAACAUGAGGAUCGUCAGGAAAUGAUAGAUUUGGCACUACAUAGCUACUUUGAAGUUGAUAGGUACCUUGCGAGAGGUGAUGUUUUCAGUGUUUGUAUAAAGUGGAAUUGCAAGUCAAUGGUUUGCAUUCCUUGUGACCAAAGUUUGGAAAAUGGGGUUGAUGAUACUAUCUAUUUCAAGGUUGUUGCUAUGGAACCUUUGGAUGAAACAAUUCUGCGAGUUAACCGUUCUCAAACUGCCCUUGUGCUUGGAGGAAGUGUCUCCUCUGCUGUGCCCCCUGAUUUGUUGAUUGCUGAACACAGAGGUUUUGCACCUUUGCAAGGGGACACGGUGAAAAUAUUGGCCUCCAUACUUACGCCGCCUCUGUGCCCCUCAGCAUUAUCUUCAAAGUUCAGAGUUUCUGUUCUAUUGUAUGGACUGGCAGGAUGUGGGAAGAGAACGGUUGUUAGAUAUGUUGCUCGUCGAUUGGGCCUGCAUGUAGUGGAAUAUAGCUGUCAUAAUCUGACAACAUCAUCUGACAAAAAGAUGUCUGUUGCUUUAGCGCAAACCUUGAAUGCUGCUCAAAGAUACUCGCCAGCUAUACUUCUUCUCCGUCAUUUUGAUGUUUUCUGGAAUUUGCAAGAAGGUUCACCCAAUGAUCAAGUUGGCAUCACUUCUGAAGUUGCAUCACUUAUAAGGGAAUUCACUGAGCCAAUUUCUGAUUAUGGAAACAUUGAUUCUGAACGAAAACAAAAUGGACAAUUUGGAUCUGGGAAGAUAGGUAGGCAUCAAGUGUUGUUAAUUGCAUUUGCUGACAGUUCAGAAGGUCUACCACCAACUAUUAGACGUUGCUUUAGCCAUGAAAUUAGUAUGGGUCCAUUGACUGAAAAACAAAGGGUUGAAAUGGUCUCGCAGUCCUUGCAGAAGGCUUCUGAACUCCUUUCUAAUCCCAAUACGAAGGAUCUUAUAGAGGAUCUAGUUGCACAGACAUCUGGUUUCAUGCCUAGAGAUAUCUGUGCGUUGGUUGCUGAUGCUGGUGCAAACUUGAUUCCCAAAGGCAAUGCUCAGAUUGACACAGUGAAAUCUGAAGAAUCAGAUGCUUCUCUCACAGUUGCUUCAGAGGAUAGUAAGUCCUCUGAAGUUGCAUCUCCAAUUAUGGGGAAAGAAAGCUUGACAAAAGCAUUGGAAAGAUCAAAGAAGAGAAAUGCAUCAGCCCUCGGUACUCCGAAGGUUCCUAAUGUCAAAUGGGAAGAUGUUGGUGGUCUUGAAGAUGUGAAGAAAUCAAUCCUGGAUACUGUUCAGUUACCACUUCUUCACAAGGACUUGUUUUCAUCUGGCUUACGAAAGCGUUCUGGUGUUCUUCUAUAUGGUCCGCCUGGAACGGGGAAAACUCUGCUAGCAAAAGCUGUUGCAACUGAGUGCUCCCUGAAUUUUCUCAGUGUAAAAGGACCUGAACUAAUUAACAUGUACAUAGGAGAAUCAGAAAAGAAUAUCAGAGACAUUUUCCAAAAGGCUAGAUCAGCACGCCCAUGUGUUAUAUUUUUUGAUGAACUUGAUUCCCUUGCUCCAGCCCGAGGUGCAUCUGGGGAUUCUGGGGGUGUUAUGGACCGAGUGGUUUCUCAGAUGCUUGCAGAGAUUGAUGGCCUAAAUGAUUCGACUCAGGACUUGUUUAUAAUUGGAGCAAGUAACAGACCAGAUUUAAUUGACCCAGCACUUCUGCGGCCUGGCAGAUUUGAUAAGUUGCUUUAUGUUGGGGUUGUCUCUGAUCCAUCUUACAGAGAACGGGUUCUCAAAGCUCUUACCCGGAAAUUUAAGUUGCAUGAAGAUGUUUCACUUUACUCAAUAGCGAAAAAAUGUCCCCCAACCUUCACUGGUGCAGACAUGUAUGCCUUGUGUGCUGAUGCUUGGUUUAGUGCAGCUAAGCGUAAGGUCAUGGGUUCUGGUUCAGAUCCUUCUUCCAUAGACGACCAUCCUGACUCUGUUAUUGUCAAAUAUGAUGAUUUUGUCAAGGUCUUAAGGGAGCUAUCUCCCUCACUGUCCACGGCUGAGCUUAGGAAGUAUGAGUUGCUGCGAGACCAGUUUGAAGGAUCAUCCAAGUAAUUUCUGCUCAAUGUUAGGAAGGCAAGUUACAGAUCACUAUUCUAAAAAAAUAACAAAUACAGAUCACUUUACUACAGUAGACUGCCAGUGAGGUUGUUUAUAGUACCAUCAAGAGAAAGGAGAUGGUAAUAAUCAUAAAAAUGAGAGAGAAAAAUCAAAUUACAAUAGAAGAAAAAGAUAGCGACUUGAUCUUCCAAUCACUCGUACCACAAUUCGUUCAAAGAUUCAGGGGUCACUUUUAGAAUAAAAAAUCUCCAUUUUGAUUCUAUUCGGACUUGAAACUUCAAUCUUAUUGAAUCAUACCAUAUGAUUUUCAUUUCUGAGAUGUACAUAUAACAUAAUGACUCUAACCUUCUUGUUACAAUUUGAUAUUUUGAUUCAUUAAACGGUUAAGCAUCCAAGGAUUGAUUGAUUCCUUCCAUUUUAUCA